AUGCAGUUCAACUCGCUCAUCCUCGCCCUUUCUGGCACCACCCUACUGAUGGCUCACCCGUUCACCGAACGCGACAACGGCUUCAUCGAGCUCGACCGCCAGCCCGCCUCCCACGGAUCCGGGCAUCUCGUCUUCCUGGGGUCCGGCGAGAAUACAAAGCGUAUGAACAUGGACGAGCGCAACCCCAUCGAAGAGCGCGCGAGCUGCACGAACGACCCGACGCCCAGCUGCUCCGGCGACCACACGGCGCGCAACGACAUCUGCGACAAGCUCGUCACGGAGCUGUUCGCGGAUCCGACCAUCUCUGUCGGCUCGUCACCCCGGCAGAUCUGCUACGAGGGCGACGCGGCCGAGAGCAACGAGUACUGCUGCGUCUCGUGGCACAACGUCGUCGACGGCCUCACCAAGGGCGACCUGGCGCCUAUCGCCCAGACGAUCGAGCAGCAGUGCACCCAGAACGGGAUCUCGGGCAAGACUAACAAUGUCUGGGUUUUCAACACCUGCACCUCGGUGUGCCUGUCUAACCGCGGGACCCAUUGCUAG